UCAACUGAUCACACGAGCUUUCUCACCUCUGUCUUUCUCCAUCCCCUGAGUCUCUCUGUACUCUCUCUCGCUCUCUUUCAAUGGCGGAUAGUGGUUCUGCGGCUGCCAAGAGAAUGUGUUUGGUGCCUGAACGAGCCAAGCUGCACUUGGCCAUGUUGGCCUUGCAGUUUGGUUAUGCUGGUUUUCAUGUUGUUUCCAGAGCUGCCCUUAAUAUGGGUAUCAGCAAACUUGUUUUCCCUGUCUACAGGAACAUCAUCGCUUUGCUGCUUCUCAUUCCUUUCGCCUAUUUCCUAGAGAAGAAGGAGAGGCCAGCCCUGACAACUAACUUUCUUGUUCAGUUCUUCCUCCUUGCACUUGUUGGAAUAACAGCGAAUCAAGGAUUCUACUUGUUGGGAUUAGAUUACACUUCACCCACGUUUGCCUCUGCUAUACAGAACUCUGUGCCGGCAAUCACCUUUCUCAUGGCUGCCAUACUCAGGAUAGAACAGGUGAGGUUAAAUAGAAGGGAUGGCAUAGCCAAGAUGGUAGGAACCCUGUCGUGUGUGGCUGGAGCUUCGGUCAUCACACUUUACAAGGGUCCAACCUUAUUUGGUCCAGUCGCACCACAUUUAAAGGAGACGCAUCAACUGUUUCUGUCCCUAGGAGACGCCGAAGGGAAGAACUGGACCUUGGGUUGUAUCUACCUCAUCGGUCACUGUCUCUCCUGGUCUGCUUGGCUUGUCUUGCAGGCCCCAGUGCUGAAGAAAUACCCGGCAAGGCUCUCCGUUACCUCUUACACAUGCUUCUUCGGUUUGCUCCAGUUCUUAGCCAUCGCUCUAUUCAUGGAAAGGAACUACCAAGCCUGGCUGGUUCACUCCGGCGCCGAACUCUUCAGUGUUUUCUAUGCGGGAGUGGUGGCUUCAGGAAUAGCGUUUGCUGUUCAGAUCUGGUGCAUUGACAGGGGAGGCCCAGUGUUUGUGGCAGUGUAUCAACCCGUGCAGACCUUAGUUGUCGCUAUCAUGGCUUCCAUUGCUUUGGGCGAGCAGUUCUACUUGGGCGGGAUCAUAGGUGCGGCAUUGAUUAUCACAGGAUUGUAUCUGGUUCUAUGGGGGAAGAACGCGGAGAGAAAAUUCGCAAAGGAAGCUGCUGUGAAUGUGAUUGCAUCGUCUCCCGGUGCGGAGCAUUCUCAUGGGAUCAUCAACAAUAGGGCAGCUAGCCAUGCCAAGUCCUCCUCCCUUGUCCAACCACUUCUCCCUUCUUCCACUGCUACUGAUAGUGUUUGAUUUCCAACUCAUCCGACUGUGAUCUGAGACAAAGCCCACGAACUUAAAAUGUUACAGUUUUUAAAUGGGUCUCUCUACGAACUUGUUUAAUUAGUUAUGUUAAGUCAGGUUUAAUUU